AUGGCUGGAAACACCACUCAAACACAAGAAACUCCUAACAAUGGGUCUGUUGAUUCUAGCAGUCCCUAUUUUCUUCAUGCCUCAGAUUCACCUGGCAUGAAUCUUGUCAACUUCAUCUUUGAUGGUCAUUGCUAUGGUGGAUGGAGGAGAUCCAUAUUCAUUGGACUUGCAGCAAAGAACAAACUGGGGUUCAUUGAUGGAACCUGCAAAGCUCCUUCACCAGAUUCACCUAAGCACAAGCUCUGGGAUAGAUGCAACAACAUGGUGACUUCAUGGCUAUUGAACUCCCUAUCAAAGGAUAUAGCUGGGAGUGUCCUUUAUUACAAAAGUGCUAAGGAACUAUGGGAAGAUCUAGAGGAUAGGUUUGGUCAGCCAAAUGGGGCCAAACUCUAUCAGCUGCAAAAGGAACUUGUGGAUUCAACACAAGGUGCAUCAGACAUAGCAGCUUAUUACACCAAAAUAAAGAAGAUCUGGGAUGAACUAGAUACCUUGUACACCAAGAUAAGUUGUUCUUGUGCUUGCUCCUGUGAAGGAAAACAAAAAAUGCUUAAAUCAAUCCAAGAUGAGAGGUUGAUUCAAUUUUUGAUGGGUUUAAAUGAGGUUUAUGCACCUGUAAGAAGCAACAUACUCAUGAUGUCUCCUUUACCAAAUGUUAACACAGCUUAUUCUCUUCUCAUUCAAGAUGAGAAACAAAGGGAGGUUUAUGCUAACCCACGUUUCCCAGGAGCAACAUCUUCUUUUCAUGUGACUCAACAGAAGUCUAGUACAGGAAACCUUUACCAACAGAAAUCUGGUGCAGGAAAUUUCUAUCAGAAUUCCAAAGGAAAGAACAACAACUACAAUAGCAAUCUUUAUUGCUCAUAUUGUAAGAAAACAGGACACACAAUUGAAAAGUGCUACAGGCUGAUAGGAUACCCCCAAGAUUUUAAGUUUACAAAGAGUUUGAAAGCACAAAAUCCUAAUAGAGUUGCUAACAGUGUAUCAACAGGUUUUCAACCUGUGUUCUCAGGUCAUGGACAUUAG